AUGUCGUCAUCAAAUUCUCCAUGUGCGGCAUGCAAGUUUCUCCGGCGAAAGUGCACGCAGGAGUGUGUGUUCGCACCAUAUUUUCCGCCUGAUAACCCUCAGAAAUUUACCAAUGUCCAUAAAGUAUUCGGCGCCAGCAAUGUUGCAAAGCUCCUCAAUGAACUAAACGCCAGCCAGCGCGAGGAUGCCGUAAAUUCCUUAGCCUAUGAGGCGGAGUAUCGCCUUCGCGAUCCAGUGUAUGGCUGUGUUGGCCUUAUUUCCAUUCUGCAACAUAAGCUCAAGCAAGUGCAGCUCGAUUUGGAUAAUGCGAAAAAAGAAUUGGCUCAUUAUAUUGGGCCUUCUGCGAUGUUGCCAAUAAUUAACCACCCAGGAUUGAUGAAUCAGCAUCCGAGCUUUGGGGCCUCGGCGUAUCACGUCAUGCAGUAUAAUAUGCAGUCAAUGAUGGGGGUGCCGGCAGGGCUGCCACAGGAGCAACAGAUUCUUGAGGCACAGCGGUUGGCGGUGGUUGGGGCCGCCAGGGAGCAGGAGAUGUUUAGGAAUUAUGAGCACCAGCAGCAGAAUGUUUUGGUGAGAUUUAACAGUGGUUUUGAUACUACAGGAGGGUCGGUCACCGCCACAGGAUAUAAUAAAUUGAUUCCGGCCACUGCUGCUGCCGACAUGCCGCCUGCCUUGGCCUUGGGAUCUUACGAAGGCAACCCUUACGGUCAUCACAUUCAGCAGCAGGCGGAGGAACAUUUACUUUCUCAUCACCCUCAACAGCUCGAGCUUUUGCCACUCGACCUUUUACUCCAGCAACAGAAUGCUACAAUUCAUCACGAGACACAGCAACUUCAAACAUCAAUGCCACCGAGAGCCAGAAGCGAAGAGGGCAGGAGUAUUGAUCCUUGA